AUGGUAUAUGUGGAGGAUACUGGUUGGGGGACCCUGGGGCUGGGCUGGCGUUGUAUCAUGGUAUAUUUGGAGGAUUUGGCUGGAGACCCUGGGAGCGGGCUGUAUAUGAGGGAGAUUGGGGGUCGUGUCCUAGUUCUCCAGGAAUUUGAAAUUUGGUGGUGGUGGAGUCUUCUUUUUCGUGGUGUUCGAUGGGUUGCCUUUGGAUUGGUCUCACCAGCCAUACAGGAACUACGACACAUCCUGAUGCGCCAGAAAGCAUUGUCAUCGCUCGAGCCUGGACCUCUUCCGCAAUUCAAGAGUCACCAUAGAUCUCAUUGCACGACACCAGUUGGAAAGGUCGGACAAGGUGUUCUGCGGCCGAAACUCGAACCAUGA